CUUUACUGCCGCUUAGAUAAUGAACUAAACCAGCACACUCAAUUAUAUCUAAACAUUAAUAUUGCAUAACUUCAGCAAACGGUUAAUUUUAUUCACCAACAGUACCUUAACAGCUAAUAUUAAUGAACAUCAAAUGCGUUGAAUCGACCCAAUUCGUCAAACUUCUUGAAUUGACAGUACCAACCGGAAAUCUUAAGUUGUAUGUGUUUAAAUAUGUACAUAUCAUACGUAAUAUUUUAAGAGUGUAUGUACAUAUAAUUAAUGUGUGCGGCAAGGCAAGUGCUUCCCCUAGUGGGAAAGUGGAAAUAAGAGCGUAAAAGUAAAAAAUUCCAGUAAGCCGCCAAAUGCCGUUAGCACGUGCCAAUCGUGAAUGGUGUAAAAUAUCAGAGAACUAAUUUCGAUUUUUCAUGGUUACGUUGCGCUAUAAGUGUGUCUUUGAUAUUUGAAGAACUAUAUUGCAAACUAUUUAUGCAAAUCACUUCCCAUUUUGUCAUUUAAAUAUUUCCAAAGUGUGUAGACACUGACAAGUGUUGGAGUAGGCAAUCCUACGUACCUGAAAAAGUGAUAUUCACACUUUGUUGACUAAAUUACUCUCUGCCAUAAAUUUUUGAUAUAUAAAAUUUUCAUCUUAUUUUCCACGCUCGAUUCAGGCAAUAAGAAAUUUGCGAAAUUUUUCACAAAAUUGUGACGGUUUGAGAAUGGUAACAGCACACAGGGUGCGUUCCACGGCUGAGUUUAUGACUCCUCAGUCACCAGGAGGCUCUCUACUGCUUUCUAUCUAAAGUCUCGAGUUCGUACGAAAAUGUAUUACUUGAAAAUUUUAAGUGAAUAUUAGUCUCCUACAUAACUUAAUCAAACCAAACUAAGCUCAGAUUAAUUUAAAACAUUCUCCGCUUGUAUAGUUAAGCUUAGAUGUCGCUUCUGCCAAGAAGAUAUUGUCUAUGACCACAGUGUAGUUCUAUCAAAACUAACCUUCUCCUAAACUGAUCCAAAACUUUUUCUUACUUUAUGCAUAUCUUAUCCAACUCUCUUUGGAGAUAACCCUAUACUCGUUCCUGGAAAAAGCCACAGCGCAAUUUGCAUAUAUAACAAAACACCGCUUGCUUUCAUUCGAGCCCACUGGGCAGCCAAUUAUUUGUGUAAAUAAAUAGUCGACACUUGCUGUGCUUCAUGUUAAACAAGCUGUCAGCUGCAACAACAUUCAAGUGGUAAUAGAUGCUGGCAUUAGUAAUCUUGUGGUCCAGCCUUGCGCCUUUGUUCACACUGCAAACCGAAGUGAUUUUAAAUUACGAUGGCUUUAAGUCAAUCGCCACCGUGCCAUCUGCAUCAGCAGCUUACACCUCUGCUCCUCGUUACAUCAGCAGCAACAACCACAACGAACGACAGCAGCAGGUGCAAUGGCCACGCACGGCAGUACACAACAAUUGGUAUAUCCUGAAUGCCGCCGCCAAGUGCGUGGUUUCUGCGGUUGUUACACCAGGCAGACGCCGCACGCGCCAAUAAACUGCACAGGCGACAAAAAGCAAUGACGCGGAUAAGCAGCCACACAGCUACAACCAUGAUACACCACACGCGGCACAGCAACAACAAAAUCCGGUAAAUUAUUACACUUACAACAGCAGCAAACAGCGGAAAUUACGUUCGCCGUCACCGGAUAUGCGCUUUGUUGCGCCAUAUAUAUGCAGUAAUCAGCGACACUCCUCGAUGCUAUCUAGCGAAAGGAGUAGGCGGCGAGAGCACAGCAACGGCAAGACUGACAAAAUUGCACUAACUUCAAUAACCGAGAGUAUGUCAACACUUAUACCAUCAACAAAUACCACACACAAAAGUGUAACGCAAUACAAUAAGUAUGGUGACAAAGAGCAAGCGGUAAUAAAUAAGAACAAUGGAACCAUUGUUACACAACCACAGCAUCGAGCGUUGUUUGCUUGGCAGGAUAUUGAAAGCAAAAGUGAUGAGGAUGGCAACGAAGAUGGCAUUGGCGAGUGGAGUGACGCCGAUAUUGAGGAGAACGCAGAGAUUCGAAGCAUGGAAAGUAUGAUUCUUGUGCCAUUGGGAAAGCCUUCGAUAAAGUGCGACACUUUUGAGGUUUUCAGACGCAUCAUCAUCAGCGAUGAUGAAUUUGCAAGCGGCGACCCUGUUACAUUGAGGAGCAGCGACGAGGCCUUCGCAAACACAGCAUCCGCCACGUUACCACAGCCAGCAUCUGGCACAGUCAUUCCUGUUGGUGACAACACGCAUUUGUCGCUAGAAGUUCAAGGUCAGCGAAGCCCUCCCGCUAUCGAUAAGCCACGAUUAACUGCGGUUACAGCAUCAACACAGGCAACACCAAUUGCAAGCGCACAAAACUCAGCCACAUUAACAUCCACUGCCUUUGCCAUUGGUCGAGGCAAAAAGUUGAAAAGAAAUUGAAAAAUUCAUGCUUCCAUUGUUGUUGGCAUACAAGUGAAGUUCAUAGCAUUAGUGCCGCUCACUGGUGGCCUAACACUGCUGGUCGGCAGCACCGGCCUGGCCGGCUUUUUGCCCUUCUUGACGGUGAUGAGUUUGGGUGUGAACAAAUCGAUUGCAAUUAAGAAAGUUUGGUAA